AGGCAGUAGGCUAUUGCUGCGUGUUCGGUGGCUUGGAAAAUCUUUAAAACAGGAGAUUCAUACAUAUGCCACGAAAUUGAUGCAGUAUUCAUCACUCGUCACAGUUGAAAGCCUGUCGGUCCAAUAGCUACGGGAUGCUUUAUUUUAGUUCUUUGAGUGUAUUUUCCAACGGGACAUAACAUUGGAGGCAAUUUGGAUGAAGUUGGACUCACGGAAGUUUUAUGGUUCCUUCAAUACAACAGAAAGAGGAUUUAAUGGGGACAUCUAAGAGUGAAGAAAACCUCGGACAAUUCUUUCAAGCACUUAAUAUUGGAUGAUAAUUCAUAUGGCGUGAAGGAUAGUGCCUCUGUCAAAGGAGCUUAACCCGCUUCUUUUUGGCGAAGUGUCGGAGCGCACAAGAACAACUGCCACGCAAAAAACUUUUAGUCAACAACUUGGGAAAACUCAGACGUCUUGACAGAUAACAACCUAUUCAUUUCAGACUGGAUAUACAAUGACAAGCUGUUGGUUUGCUUUCGCGGCGUUGUGGUGGAGCUCUUAUUGCAUGUUCCUUAUUGCAGGUAGCAAUUAUUUAUUCGAUGGCAACAAUGAAGUUCAUCCGAGCUUCGUUCAUCGGAGAUUACGGACGCAUGAAAAGAGAGAAAUGCAGAAAGAGAUUUUGUCCAUCCUCGGACUGCCACAUAGACCUAGACCUCAUCUUUCACAUGGCAAGUAUAACUCUGCGCCGCUCUUCAUGUUGGAUUUGUACAAUACCAUAUCUAACGAAGAGAAGAACGAAGUGGACGGAAUUCUGGACCAGUACAAGUCCAUGUUUACCACGCAAGGACCCCCUUUGGCAACUUUUCAGGACAGUGCAUUCUUAAACGACGCAGAUAUGGUCAUGAGCUUCGUAAAUCUGGUGGAGUACGACCGGGAGUUAUCCCCAGAGAGACGCCACCACAAGGAGUUCAAGUUCAACCUCUCCCAAAUCCCAGAGGGGGAGGCCGUGACUGCAGCUGAGUUUCGCAUCUACAAGGAGUGCGUCAGCCGCUCGUUCCGCAACGAGACCUUCCUCCUCAGCGUAUACCAGGUGGUGGGGGAACGGCCAGGCAGGGACUCGGACCUUUUCCUGCUGGAGUCCAGGAGACUGUGGGCGGCCCAGGAAGGCUGGCUGGAGUUCGACAUCACCGCCACCAGCAACUUGUGGGUGAUGAGUCCAGAUCACAACCUGGGGCUUCAGAUCAGCGUGGAGACCCUCAGUGGGCAGAGCAUCAGCCCCAAGGAGGCUGGGCUGGUGGGCCGUGACGGAGCUAUGGAGAGGCAGCCCUUCAUGGUGGCCUUCUUCAAGGUGAGCGAGGUACACGUCCGCUCCCCGCGCUCCGCCGGCCCAAACGGCAAACGGCGCCAACAGAACCGCAACCGCUCCAGCCAGCCACAGGACUCGUCCCGCGGCGCUGGCCAUACAGAUUACAACAGCAGCGACCAGAAGACGGCUUGCAGGAGGCAUGAGCUCUAUGUGAGCUUCAAAGAGCUGGGCUGGCAGGACUGGAUUAUCGCACCUGAGGGCUACGCGGCGAACUACUGUGACGGAGAAUGCUCCUUCCCCCUCAACGCCCACAUGAACGCCACCAACCACGCCAUCGUGCAGACACUGGUGCAUCUCAUGAACCCAGAGAACGUGCCCAAGCCCUGCUGCGCACCGACCAAGCUGCACGCCAUCUCCGUUCUCUACUUCGACGACAACUCCAACGUCAUCCUCAAGAAGUACAAGAACAUGGUGGUGCGGGCCUGUGGCUGCCACUGACAACCCGACCGUCGUUCUGCUCUCCCCAUCCUCUCUUUCCCUUUCAAAAUCACCCCCCCCCCCCCCCGCCCAACGGCUGCAGCUGAGACACACAGACACAAUGGAAAUGUGCCACCCCUCCACUCCCAUCCCUCUACCCACCCACCCAGUGGAUCAGAAAGAGCAAGAGACUGCUAGAAGGACAAUGACCUGAGAUACGUGCUGCUUUUGACCUUCUCAUUCCCUUGAGACAUUUCAAGUUCACACAGAGACUUAAAGACUCAAAACUCCUUGAUCGAAGAGGAAGUGGACAGCUAUAUCCGAGUGCUGAGAGCCAAUCGUGCCUUACGUCGUUGUGAGGCAAUCAUAGUUACAAGACACAGAAAAACACAACUUACCUAUUAGUCCAUACAUCCUAUACAACCUUAUACAGACAUGUAUACUGUAUUAGACUAACCAAAGCUUGAUUUUAACAUACACAAACCAGUUGAAAUCUAAAGAAUUAUACGUCAUCAUACACAGAAGUAGAAAUGCAGAAAUUUGGAGAUGCCCCCCUCCUUCCUUGAUGUAUAUUUUAAGUCAUUUACAACCGUAAUCAUCUUUCUAAAAUAUACAGCAAGCUGAACUUGGAUGAACCAAAAGCUACCAGAUGCUAUUUUAGCUCUAAACAAAUCCGCUUAUUUUCAGUCCGUCAAUAUUUGCCUUACCCUACCUGUGGUUUACUUACACUGAGUUGGCUCAAGUGGUUUCAAGCUUCGACGGAACUGAAGUGAACUGAACAACUCUUCCAAAGUGCCUGAGGAGAAAACCAUUUUGUUUCAGCCUUCCCUGACACAGUGCAUAUAGAACUCAAUUUCCCAUCACACACCUGGCCUAAUUUAAUCCUUUAGUUUAGAUAUAAAACAUGCAUUACAAACCAAACUUGAUUAUUAUGAAAGGUUGAAAAAGCUGUGUGCGUACCCUACCAUUUUCAGACUUACUGUCUAAUUUUGUUGUAACAAUCAAUGUUAAAUGCACCAAUUGACCAAAACUGCAAUUUCCCCUUGUUGAGAGUAUUGUUUUAAGGUACACAGCCUAAACCCCCCCCCCCCCACCAAAAAAAAAAAAAAAAACAAGCUGAGGACUCUACUGAAGAGUUACAAGUGGCGCUAAAUCUCCCUCUUUUGGCCUCUUAACCACAGUUAUGAAAUAUACCUCCCGCAAGCUGCUGUUUACGUCUCUCAAUCAUGUCCAGACGUUUGUUUGUAAAUACUUGUACAUUUUUCAGCUUAUUUAUUGCACCUCUUAUAAGAAGAAGAAAAACCACAUCAAAUGCCAUCUCAUGGAGAAAAGACAAAACAGAGAGACAGCUAUUUUUGGAAAAAAGACUUUUUUUUUUUUAUUAUGAAAUGUUCUCGUUACAACUUUCCAUCAGUUUUCUUUAUUUUUUUUUUAUAAAAAAAAAAAAUAAAAAUCAUGGGCAGUUCAUGUACAUCCCACUUGCGAGGAGAAAAUACUGCUUUUUCUGUCACUGGAGUCUGACUACAACAUGUGCUAUCCAUAAAGACUUUUACUUUGA